AUGUCUGAAUUAAAAUUGGACCUUGAUAUUUUAAAUAAACUUUUGGUUCAUUUUGUCAAAAUCAGCACUUGUCUCAAAAUUAAUUUCCAACUUUGUGCAUUAAGUCCAAAUGCAUUUACAACUAUUGUAUGCUAUUUACUGGACAGCUCUAUCAUGCACUGGCAUGUAACGCAUAGAGUGCUUGUUAAAGGACAGCCUCAUUUGGCUGUUGAAUAUAAAGACAGAACAUUUUUACUUGCCACUGAAGAAUACUUACGUACAUUCAUGAGACAACCACAGAAAUAUAUCAGUGAGGAAAUGCACUCAAUAAAACUAAAUAAUCCAGAUAUACAGGCAAAACAGGUCCAGUUGUUCCCAAUUCUUGGUUUCCUGCAACAGUUUGCAGCAGACAUUGUCAGUCAGUGUAUUAUUUCUGUUGGAUCUCUGCGCCCAAAAUAUCCUUUUAUGAAUCCAGCUACAUCUGUUGCUUUGUACAUUGGUUUCUACCUUAAAGUGAACAAUUGCAAGGCCCCAGUGGAACAGCAGCAGAUAUUUGCUGAAAGAUGGAAGGACUUCAAACAUAAGUGUGCACUACUUACGUCACCUGAACAUCAAACAUGUAUGCUAGAAUUAUAUCCUGUGAAGAAUAUUUCAAUAUAG